CAAGGAGCACUAUCCUAUAACGAGAUGUCCCCUCGUAACGACUGAUUUCGCGUGACCAAAGACAAUGAGGAUCGCCUGUUGGUCGUUCGUUCUGGUCGUUCUUUGCGCCCAAGGUUCAUUAUCGUUCAACAAAAGAAGCAUUAUCUCGGAGAGGGAAUUAGGAACAACCGUGAACAACGAUGCACUGUUGCGCGCGAAGGGCUCGACUAUGCAGAAAUUCCAGGAGUUAUUGAAACAAGUGACGAAUUCUACCUCGAGCACCGACGGUCAGGUAACCGCCACCAGGCAGGGUCCUUGCAACUGCGGCGGGGGUGUUUGCGGCUGUUGCUCCAGAAUCUUGUUCGAUACGUGGAAGCAGAAGGCCUGCGUAAACGUGACAUACGAUCCGGACGAGUUCAGCUUCACAGCGAAAGUUAUGAUGAACGAUAGGGUCUUGUACACGAGAACCGUGUCUGGGAAGAAUCCUCGACCGAUUUGCGUACCGGUCCCAAGAAUUCCAGCCGUGAGGGCGUGCGUACGGUUUUAUAAUAUUUAUUUUCAGGGCAGGAACAUUCAUAUGUGCGUGAACAUGGAGGGGAAGUUCCAAGAUCUCACGUUGUUCAAGGUCGGAUUAGACUGCAUCAGGUUCGGUUCUAACGGGUUGGCUAUGGUAAAGCCAGAGGACGGAGGUGGAUUAGGUCAAGUAGAAUUUUUGCCAGGUGACGACGAUGAUGAGGAUGAGGACGAUUAUGAUUAUGACGACGACGACGACGACGACGACGAUUUACUUGAUUUCUGAGGGAACCUGAGAUUCUGUUCGUCACGAACGCGGAAGGCUUAAUAGUA